AUGGGUGUAGCUGAUCAAAGUCGAAUAAGUAUGGCUGAUUCUACGGAUAAUACACCUAGUAAUAACAAUGAUCCGUCAAUUGGCACAGAAAUAACAACAACAAAAAAAAAGAAAUGGUUCCUAGAUCUCCUGUUUGGCAACACUUUGAAAAGGGAUUGGGUGCUUCAUAAAAGAAUAUUGAAUUUUUGUCCUAUCACUAGUCAUAAAGGUGAGUAUUUGGCUGAGUCUAUUAGUAAUUGUUUACUUGAUUGGAAGUUGGAUGACCUUUUUACUGUUACGGUUGAUAAUGCCUCUUCAAAUGAUGUGGCAGUUUUAGAGUUGUCCAAAAAAUUAGAUAUGUGGGGAACUAAUUUGAUGGAAGGUAAGCAUCUCCAUGUGAGAUGUAUGGCUCAUAAACUUAAUCCAAUUGUGCAAGAUGGUUUGAAAGAAAUAGGUCCUUCUAUCAAAAGGGUGAGACAAAUGGUGAAAUAUGUUAGAUCAUCUUCUUCAAGGACAAGAAAUUUCUUGAAACGUGUUGAAAUGCAAAAGAUAGAAUGUGAUAAGAUGUUGUCUUUAGAUGUGCCUACUAGGUGGAUUUCCACCUAUUUGAUGUUAGACACAGCAGAAAAGUUUGAGAAGACUUUUGAGAGGUUUGAUCUUUAUGAUGGUAAUUUUAAUUCUUUUCUUGUUACUGAUGUUUGUGAAGAUGGAAGUAUCGCAGGGUCAAUUCAAUAUGAAGAUUGGGCUAAUGUGAGGAAUGUCACAAAGUUUCUUGAAAAAUUUUAUGAGCUCACUUUGAAAGUUUCAGGUUCACGUUUUGCUCUUGAAGAAUUACUUGGGGAAGAAACGAGAAAUGUUGUGAAUACGAAAGUAGAGGCUUACUUGAGGAAUUUGUUUGCGAUAUAUGUAAGUAAGUAUGAAAAAGGUUCCAAAAGUCAACCAUCUUCAUCUGACUCAUCUGUUUCUUCUGCUUGUGGUAUUUCUCAAAAUGUGUCCAAAAAUCUUUGA